UUAUUUUAUUUAUUGACAGAAUAUGAGUCAAAAUGAACGUCCAUUCUCGAAUCACGUACGACUGUGGUGCCAAGGAUAUAAUUUGACAAUUAGGCCAACUGGUGAAAUUCUUGGCACAGACAAUGAUUCUGAUCCUGAUAGUUUAAUAGAUAUUAGAUCAGGAGGUGAUGUGGGUCUUGUAAGGCUUUUAGGAAUUAAUUCGAAUUUAUAUGUCUGUUUUAACCACAAUGGAGAAUUAUAUGGAGAGCUGAAACUAGAACAAAGUAUUUCUGAACAAGAUGACGUAGAAAAUAGAAAGAAUACUACUACCAAGCAAAGAAAUGUUGAUAGUAUAGGAGGAAUUCAGGAGGAUUCAAAGAGUAUGAAGAAAAAAGAUAAUAAUUAUGGGAAGAUUGAGUCAAGAGGCUCAAGAAGUUUAAAGAAAAGCGAUAACAAAAAGAUACUGACUACAGCAAGCGGUAUUAGUAUCUCUAGAAGAAGAUUGCUAGAAGCUAUAGUAAGGGCGUAUGCAGAAUUAGCAAAGAUAAUAAAAAAAGAAUUGGGGAUUGAAAGAAAAAUGGUAGAAAAUAAAUUAAAAUUAGGAAAAGAAAGAAUUUUGGCAAGCACCGAUUUCGUGGUGGUAGAUGAAGUCGCAGAUGAUUAUAGAAAUAAAGGUUUAUCUAGUGUGGAUCUACAAGAUAAGUUUCCUGGUUGGUUCACAAUCGUUUGGAUUGACAAAAGCGUAUUUUGA